UAAUAAUUUGCCUGUUGUUGGUGCAGGUCUGAAGCCUCAUACAUAUAAACUGAUUAUAAACGUCCUUUUUAAGCUUCAUUUAGUGAGCUUUGUGUGUGUAUAUAAGUAAUAAUUGAUACAAUAACUAAGUUUUCCCAGUAAACAUUAGGCGAUGCGCUGUGUUCCGUUAGCUCGUAGAGCUCCAUGCUAGCUGUCAGCACCGCUUCUCCCUUUCUUUAGGGUUAUUUAUAAAUCAAAACGGAACAUGAACGAGAACGACGGCGGAAAUCCAGAGGCUCCUGCUAGUAAAGACAGCCAGAUGCCCCUCUCCGGGAACAAGGGCAGGAGUUUAAAUAGCUCCACUCCGGAGGGAGACGCCGUGUUUGACAUGGAUGACCCGGAGGAGGAAGAGGAGAGCGACGCGCUGGACACAGCCGAGCCGAGGGAGAGCGCCCCGAGCCCGGCCGAGCCAUGCGACGAGAGCGCGCCGAAGCGCUGCGUUUAUGAUGGCUGCUCCGAGACCAGCACUCUGGGAGCCAAGCAGAGGAAACCAUGGAUGUGUAAAAAGCACCGCAACAAAAUGUACAAGGACAAGUACAAGAAGAAGAAGAGCGACCAGGCCAUGGCGUCUGGGAAACUAGAAGAGGGCUCGGAGGAGAGGCCUGUGUCUGUGACAAAGCAGCGGCUUGGUGCUAUUGGAGAACGCCCUACAAGACCUUCACUCAUGGAGCAAGUAUUAAACCAAAAGAGGCUGGACCACUCAUUGUCAGGUUUUAUCCUGUGUUCUCGAGAUCAUCAGUGGCACGGGCGCCAGAAUGACUUCCAUGGCACGCGCUGCACCACUCUGCAAAUGUAAUCUCGCGUGAAUACGACUGACUGGAAAGACGGAUCUCUAGAACACCUGUCUACGUGAUAACACUGAAGCUUAUAGUUUAUAGAUCUGCUCAAUCGCGUUUAUAUGAUUGUCUUCCGCAGGCCGGAUUAAAAACGCCAACGGGCCGGAUGUGGCCCGCGGGCCGUAGUUUGCCCACCUCAGGACUAGGCCAUUCCAAGACAUUUAAAUGUUUCCCUUUAAACCACUCCAGUGUAGCUUUAGCAGUAUGUUUAAGGUCAUUGUCCUGCUGGAAUGUGAACCUCUGGCCAACUCCGAGGUUUUCCUCCAGAAUUGUCCUGUAUUUAGUGCCAUCCGUCUUUCGUUCAGUCCUGACCAGCUUUCCUGUUCCUGCAGAUGAAAAAUAUCCCACAGCAUGAUGCUGCCACCACCAUCUUCACUGUAGGAAUGGUGUUCUCAGAGUGUUGGGUUUGCGCCAUACGUGGUGUUUCCCAUGAUGGCCAAAAAGUUCAAUUUUAGUCCCAUCUGACCAGAAAAUCUUCCAUGUGUUUGGGGAGUCUGCCACAUGCUGUUGGGCAAACUCCAAACGUGUUUUCUUAAGCAAUGACUUUUUUUUCUUCUUUUUGGCCACUCUUCCAUAAAUCCCCGCUCCGUGGAGUGUACGGCUUAAAGUGGCCCUAUAAACCGAUACUCCCAUCUCUGCUGUUGAUCUUUGCAGCUCCCUCAGUGUUAUCUUUGGUGUCUUUGUUGCAUCUCUGAUUAAUGCCCUCCUUGCCCGGUCUGUGAGUUUUGGUGGGUGGCCUUCUCUUGUCAGGUUUGUAGUGGUGCCAUAUUCUUUCCAUUUUGCUAUAAUGGAUUUAAUGGUGCUCUGUGGGAUGUUUUGGGAUAUUUGGGACGUUUGGGAUAUUUUUUUAUAACCCAACCCUGAUCUAUACUUCUCCACAACUUUGUCUCUGACCUGUUUGGAGGCGCCUUGGUUUUCAUGUUGCUUGUUUAGUAGUGUUGCAGAGUCAGGGUCCUUCCAGAACGGGUUGAUUUAUACAGACAUCAUUUGACACUUUGCACACGGGUAGAUCUUAAUCAAGUAAUUGUGACGUAUGAAGUGAAUUGGUUGGACCAGCUCUUAUUUAAGGGUUUCAUACAAAAGGGGGUGAAUACCUAUGCACACUCCAGAUUUCUGUUUUUUCAUCUUAAUUAUUGUUUGUGUCACAAUAAAACAACAAUUUUUGCCUUUAAAGUGGUAGGCAUAUUGUGUAAAUCAAAUGGUGCUAACCCCCCAAAAAUCCAUUUUAAUUCCAGCAUGUAAUGCAACAAAACAGGACAAACACCAAGGGACAUGAAUACUUUUGCAAAACACUGUACAUUUGUGUAAAGCAAGCAUAUUUGUCCACUCCCUGAAAACUUGAAAAAUAUCCCUUUAAGGUACGUUUAGAACAGAUUAAAAAAAAGGUGUGAUUAAUUGCGAGUUAACUAUGGACAAUAAUGGGGGGAGGUAUAUAAAUAAAUAAAAGAGAAUAUUACACAGUGGGGUGAAUAUAUUAAGUUUAUAUUCACUACUUGUAGAUAUUUCAUGAGUGAGUGGCAGUUCUCUGGGUGAAAACGCCUUGUUGUUGUCAGAGGAGAAUAGCCAGACGGGUUUGAGAUGAUAGAAAGGCAACAGUAACUCAAAUGACCACUCGUUACAACCAAGGUACGCAGAAGACCAUUUCUGAAUGCACAACGCAUCGGACCUUGAAACAGUUGGGUGACAGCAGCAGAGGGCUACAGCAGCAGAAGACCACACCAGGUGCCACUCCUGUCAGCUAAGAACAGGAAACUGAGGCUACAGUUUGCACGGGCUCACCAAAAUUGAGCAAUCGAAGAUUGGAAAAACAUUGCCUGGUCUGAUGAGUCUAGAUGUAUGCUGCAACAUUUGGAUGGUAGAGUCAGAAUUUGGUGUAAACAACAUGAAAGUAUGGCUCCAUCCUGCCUUGCAUCAACAGUUCAGGCUGGUGGUGGUGGUGUAAUGGUGUGGGGGAUAUUUUCUUGGCACACUUUGGGCCCAUUAAUACCAACUGAACAUCAUUUAAACACCACAGGGUACCUGAGUAUUGUUGCUGACCAUGUUUAUCUCUUUAUGACCACGUUGUACCCAUCUUCCGAUGGUUACUUCCAGCAGGAGAAUGCGGCAUGUUACAAAGCUAAAAUCAUCUCAAACUGGUUUCUUGAACAUGACCGUGAGUUCAUUGUACUCCACAGUCACCAGAUCUGAAUCCAACAGAGCACCUUUGGGAUGUGGUGGAACGGGAGAUUUGCAUCAUGGAUGUGCAGCCGACAAAUCUGCAGCAACCGCAUGAUGUUAUGAUGUCAAUAUGGACCAACAUCUCUGAGGAAUGUUUCCAGAAUCUUGUUGAAUCUAUGCCAUGAAGAAUUGAGCCAGUUCUGAAGGCAAAAGGGGGUCUAACCCAGUACUAGCAAGGUGUACCUAAUAAAGUAGCUGGUGAAUGUAUAUAAUAUUAAUACACACAUUCACAACCCCAAAUCAGAAAAAGUUGGGAUAGUAUAGAAAAUGUAAAUUAAAAAAAAAAAGAGCAGCGAUUUUCUGAAUUUACUGAGACUUACAGUGGUGCUUGAAAGUUUGUGAGCCCUUUAGAAUUUUCUAUAUUUCUGCAUAAAUAUGACCCAAAACAUCAGAUUUUCGCACAAGUCCUAAAAGUAGAUAAAGAGAACCCAGUUAAACAAAUGAGACAAAAAUAUUAUACUCAGUCAUUUAUUUAUUGAGGAAAAUGAUCCAAUAUUACAUAUCUGUGAGUGGCAAAAGUAUGUGAGCCUUUGCUUUUUCAGUAUCUGGUGUGACCCCCUUGUGCAUCAAUAACUGCAACUAAACGUUUCCGGUAACUGUUGAUCAGUCCUGCACACCAGCUGGGAGGAAUCUUAGCCCAUUCCUCUGUACAGAACAGCUUCAACUCUGGGAUGGUGGUGGGUUUCCUCACAUGAACUGCUCGCUUCAGGUCCUUCCACAACAUUUUGACUGGAUUAAGGUCAGGACUUUGACUUGGCCAUUCCAAAACAUUAACUUUAUUCUUCUUUAACCAUUCUUUGGUAGAACGACUUGUGUGCUUCGGGUCAUUGUCUUGCUGCAUGACCCACGUUCUCUUGAGAUUCAGUUCAUGGACAGAUGUCCUGACAUUUUCCUUUAGAAUUCGCUGGUAUAAUUCAGAAUUCAUUGUUCCAUCAAUGAUGGCAAGCUGUCCUGGCCCAGAUGCAGCAAAACAGGCCCAAACCAUGAUACUACCACCACCAUGUUUCACAGAUGGGAUAAGGUUCUUAUGCUGGAAUGCAGUGUUUUCCCUUCUCCAAAUGUAACGCUUCUCAUUUAAACCAAAAAGUUUGGUCUCAUCCAUCCGCAAAACAUUUUUCCAAUAGCCUUCUGGCUUGUCCAUGUGAUCUUUAGCAAACUGCAGACAAGCAGCAAUGUUCUUUUUGGAGAGCAGUGGCUUUCUCCUUGCAACCCUGCCAUGCACACCAUUUGUUGUUCAGUGUUCUCCUGAUGGUGGACUCAUGAACAUUAACAUUAGCCAAUGUGAGAGAGGCCUUCAGUUGCUUAGAAGUUAUCCUGGGGUCCUUUGUGACCUCACCGACUAUUACACGCCUUGCUCUUGGAGUGAUCUUUGUUGGUCGGCCACUCCUGGGGAGGGUAACAAUGAUCAUGAAUUUCCUCCAUUUGUACACAAUCUGUCUAACUGUGAAUUGGUGGAGUCCAAACUCUUUAGAGAUGGUUUUGUAACCUUUUCCAGCCUGAUGAGCAUCAACAACGCUUUUUCUGAGGUCCUCAGAAAUCUCCUUUGUUCGUGCCAUGAUACACUUCCACAAACAUGUGUUGUGAAGAUCAGACUUUGAUAGAUCCCUGUUCUUUAAAUAAAACAGGGUGCCCACUCACACCUGAUUGACAUCCCAUUGACUGAAAACACCUGACUCCAAUUUCACCUUCAAAUUACCCUAGAGGUUCACAUACUUUUGCCACUCACAGAUGUGUAAUAUUGGAUCAUUUUC